AUGGAAGCUGAGUAUGUUGCAUGUUAUGAGGCUUCUAUUCAAGGAACAUGGUUGCGGAAUUUUGUGUCAGAGUUUGGGGCUUUGAGUUUUGUUGACAAGCCUCUCACUCUUUACUGUGACAAUCAAGCUGCAAUCUUCUUCGCUAAGCAUGAUAGGAUAUCUAAGGGAGCCAAGCAUAUGGACCUCAAAUAUCUAUCACUGAAGCAAGAAGUCAAAAGAGAAAAUUUUGUCAUUGAACAUAUAGGCACUGAACUUAUGGUUGCAGACAUAUUUACAAAAGCUUUACCUCCAAAGACUUUCAUGAAGCAUGCUGAAACUAACGAGGAAACUAGAUAUGAAGAUUUUGUGAAAACCAUAUAUGAGGAUUACGAAGUUGAUUUCGCAGAACACGAGUUGGAGCUGACGUACGUUUUGCCAAAACGUAAACUGGUCAAGGAAAACCUCGAUACCCCUCCUGUGAAAGUAAGAAACGAUAGGCAAUUUCAUGGAUUUUUGUGUCUUAACAAAGUCGAAAACGUUAGACUCUGUGUAGAGUUUAAACUGAAGAAAAAAGAGGUUGAAGAAGCUAGCAAAGAACCAGAAGAAUUUCUGCAAAAAGAUGACCCAUUUUCGGCAGAGGAUGAAGAUUCAGAUGAAGACAAUGAUCGAUUUGAUUACUGCGACGAUUCUGAUGGAGCAACGUCUGAUGACGAAAACUUUACCUCAUAUGGGUUUCCACCAGACCAAGUACAAGAGAGUCAGGGAUCUCCUACAAAGAUAAGUUCAGCGACAGUCCUAAAGACACCAAAAGGAGAUUGUACGCAUAUUAGGUUCGACUUGAGCUCUUUCAAACUGGAAGUGGGGCAGAGUUUUGAUUCAAAAGAUGCAUUGGCUACACGUCUGAAGAUCUGUUCAGUUGUCCACAAAUUCGAUUUUGAUGUGGAUAAAUCUACCCGUACGCUGUGGUUUGUAAAAUGUUGGGUAAAAGGAUAUACGUGGAAGCUUAGAGCUACACCAGUAUGUGAAUCUUUAAGGUUCAGAAUCCGAGUAUAUGCAGAUGAGCAUUCCUGCUCAGUAACAGAGCGUUCGUCUCGUUCUCGGCAAGCUACUCCUGAAAUUCUUGGCCUCUUGUACAAAGACUAUAUUGGUGGGGUUGAUCGAACUAUUUUGCCACGUCAUGUUGAGAGUGCUAUGAACAUGAGCUUUGGAAUCAAGAUGGAUUACUGGAAAUCUCAUCGUACACUUAUAGUUGCUAGAGAUCUCGUAAUGGGUUCAUCGGAGAAUGGAUAUGAGGAGUUACCUUCUUACAUGCACAAGAUUAGAAUGGUUGUGGUGGUAUAUGGUACUUUCUUGCAAGGAAAAUACAAAGGAACGCUUCUCAUUGCAACAUCACAGGAUGGUAAUUUUCAGAUAUUUCCGUUAGCAUUUGCUGUGGUUGACACAGAGAAUGAUGAAUCAUGGACAUGGUUCUUCCGUCAACUCAGCCGUGUGAUACCCGAUGAUGAAGGAUUGGCAUUAAUUUCUGACAGGCACAAGUCAAUAAGGAAGGCAAUUUCAGUGGUCUAUCCAUUGGCUAGCACGGGAAUUUACACGUACCACUUAUAUAAGAACAACUUGUUACGGUACAGAGGACGUGAUCUGUUUGGUUUGGUCAAAAAAGCUGUGUACUCUUUUAGGUUAGCUGACUUUGAAGCAAGCUUCGAGACGAUUAAAGGGUUAAAUCCAGACUUACAUACGGGAAUUUACACGUACCACUUAUAUAAGAACAACUUGUUACGGUACAGAGGACGUGAUCUGUUUGGUUUGGUCAAAAAAGCUGUGUACUCUUUUAGGUUAGCUGACUUUGAAGCAAGCUUCGAGACGAUUAAAGGGUUAAAUCCAUAUUUACAUGCAUAUUUGGAACGUGCUGAUGUGUGUAAGUGGGCUCGAGCGCAUUUUAGAGGUGAUAGAUAUAACAUCCUUACAAGUAACAUAGCUGAAUCCAUAAACAGAGCUUUGUCAGAUGUGAGAAGCUUGCCAAUUGUUCGCCUUUUAGAGUCUAUCCGAUUAAUGAUGACACGUUGGUUUGCAACAAGAAAACAUGAUGCUGACUUGAUGAAAACUUCUCUGACUCGUGGUGUGGAGAAGUUGUUGGAGGGCCGUAUACCUAUUGCUAAUCUAUUAAAGGUUCAAGCUAUCGACAUUCAUCAGUCACAAGUGAUGGGAGUCUCAUCUUUACAUGUUGUAAACCUUACAGAAAAAACAUGUUCUUGCCGUAGAUUUGAUUUGGAGAAGCUACCAUGUGCUCAUGCUAUAGCUGCUGCGGAAGAUAGAAAGAUAUCACGUAUAUCACUUUGUCACAAGUACUAUCGGACGCAGUACCUUUACAAUGCAUAUUUCACUCCUGUUAUGCCCAAUGCAGCUGAUGUUCCAAUUCCAGAAGAAGUUGCAAAGAGAAUCUGUUUACCGCCUGAUGUCCGCCAACCACCGGGAAGACCCAAAAAAUCAAGACAUAAAUCUAUUUUAGAGAAAGUUGCAGACAAGAAGCGGCCAAGGAAGGAACACACAUGUAGAAUUUGUAACCAUGUGGGACACAAUUCUACAACAUGUCCUCUUAAUUGA